GUAGUACUAUGUUAAAAUAAUAUUUUUUUUCAUAUUAAAUAGGAGUUGUAGAAUCAAACUCAAAAUCGAACUUGAGCUCAAUUAAUAUAUCGAGUUCAAACUCAAACCUAAGUAACUCGAACUCAACACGAUUCACUCACACAUUCUAAAAACAUGAGAAUUGUGUGGUGGAUAUGAAAAGCGAGCACAGGCCAAAACCGUCCGGUAGCCGUUAAAUAUAACGGUCCACACGUGUGACACAUUGAACCUAGCUGCGACGAACCUGGAUGAAUCCCCGGCCACUCUCAUCCCCUUCCCCUCCACCUCUCUCUCCUUUUAGCCGAGAGAAUGAGAGGAAAACAAAAGCAGGAUUCACACGCACUCUCUCCCCUCUUGCAUUAGCGACAUAAUCAGAAAGAGGAAUGGAGAGAGGAAUUGGAUCCAAUAGAAGGAGCUCAGGAGCAGACCGGAAGGAACUCUUCCAUGUACUACACAAAGUCCCCGCAGGAGAUAGCCCAUACGUUUGGGCAAAGCACCUCCAGCUGGUCGAGAAGGAUCAGGAUUCAGCUAUAAUCUGGUUCUGGAAAGCCAUCAAUGCCGGCGAUAGGAUCGACAGUGCGCUGAAGGACAUGGUGGUGAUCAUGAAGCAGCAAGGCCGUGCUGAGGAGGCGAUUGAGGCCAUCAAAUCCUUCAGACAUCUCUGCUCCAGGCAAGCCCAGGAGUCCCUCGACAACCUUCUUGUAGAUCUCUACAAGAAAUGCGGAAUGUUUGGGGAUCAGAUUGAACUGCUGAAGCAGAAGCUGAGGAUGAUAUAUCUGGGAGAAGCCUUUAAUGGCAAGACCACGAAGAUUGCUCGCUCCCAUGGCAAGAAGUUUCAAGUCUCUAUCAAGCAAGAAACCGCUCAUGUUCUGGCGAAUUUGGGUUGGGCAUACAUGCAACAAAAAUGCUUUGAUGCUGCAGAAUUAGCAUACCGUAAGGCUCAGAUGAUCGAUCCUGACGCCAACAAGGCCUGCAACCUUGGUGUUUGCCUCAUGAGGCAGGGAAAUUUCGAUAAUGCUCGAUCCGUUCUGUUGGAUGUCGUUAAACAUAGAGUUUUAGAUGGCGAAGAGUGGAAGGCAGUAAGUCGGGCUACAGAAUUGCUUCGUGAGAUCGAGUUGAAGCAGUCGACAUCGACUAUGGACAAGAUUUUGAGCAGAGGGGAGGCCAUUGAUAGGCUUGAUAAUGCACUGAAUGGAUGGUCUCCUUCAAAAUCCAGGAGGCUGCCUAUCUUUGUGGAGAUAUCCACAUACAGAGAUCAGAUAGCUUGUUAGGACCAAUCCUUUCUUUGAUUGGUUUUUGUUUGAUGAGGAGGUUUUCAAUUACUUGGUUAACGCUGUAUAAUAUGUAUAGCUUUGUUGGGUUUAUUUGGGUUUUUGUAGGCAUUUAAUAGUUCUAUACCUACAGAAUUAGGGAUGGUUUGUAUGUCAUGAAAGCCAUCAAUCCUAAACUUAAGGGUGAAUUACAGAAAACUCACUUGUAGAUGAUAAAAGA